CACUUAUGAUUUAUUCGUCAAGAAUUUGAAGUCCUUUCAAAGUUCAGGCAUCUUUGUAAAGUUCAACAUUUGCGAACUCUGUUGUCAUUACCAAUUCAUAAGUUAUUCGAGUGGGAGCACUUCCACUUAGCAAACAAGGUUUUGUCUGAUAUUUUGCCAAAAUUGCAGUGCUUAAGGGCGUUAUCUUUGUGUGGCUAUUCCAUAACUGAGCUACCAGACUUAAUUGGUGAUUUGAAAAAUCUAAGGUAUCUUAAUUUAUCCGGUACUUCAAUCAGACGAUUACUUGAAUUAGUGACUACUCUCUACAAUUUACAAACCUUAUUAUUGUGCAAUUGCAAAUAUCUUUGUAUGUUGCCGCCAAACAUUGGAAAUUUAAUUGAACUACGACAUCUUGACAUUUCUGAUACUGAGAAAUUACAAGAUAUGUCAUCAGGGAUUGGUAGGAUGACAAACUUGCAAACAUUGUCGGCGUUUGUGGUGAAUGAAAGUAAUGGAUCAAGAUUAAUAGAGUUGAGGAAUCUAAGUCUUUUGCAGAGGAGUAUUUCUAUUAGAAAUUUGCAAAACGUAACAGAUCUUCAAGAUGCAAAUGAGGCAAAUCUAAGGGCUAAGCAGUACCUUGACGAAUUGGAGUUGGCCUGGUGUAGUGAGUUCAUCGAUUUUUGAAAUGAAAACCUUGAAAUGAAUGUACUUGAAAAGCUACAACCUCACAGAAACUUGAGAAGGCUCGUUCUAUGGGGUUACAAAAUUUCCAAGUUGGAUAGGCAAUCCAUCAUUCUCUAAAAUGGUCAACCCGACUCUUGAAGGCUGUAGAAAAUGCAAAUCUUUACCUCCACUCGGGCAACUACCCAUGCUCAAAGAGCUACAUAUUCAGGGCAUGCAUGAAGUAAAAAGUUUGGGGGUUGAGUUCUACGGAGAUCGUUCUCCUUCGAGACUUCCUUUUCCAUCGUUGGAGGUGCUGAAAUUUGAUGACAUGCCGGCAUGGGAAGAGUGGUCUUUUUCUGUUGGUAUCGAAGAAGCUGCAAGACAAUUUCCUUGCCUCUGUGAACUCACUAUACUUGGUUGUCCCAAGUUGAUUAGUGUUCCAGUUUUAAGACUUCCCUUUCUUCAGAAAUUGUACGUCCAAGAGUGUCAAGAGGUGGUGCUAAAAAGUAUGGUUGAUCUGACCUCACUAACCAGCUUGGAAGUUGUUAAUAUAAUAGGGCUAUCUCAGCUCAAUGAAGCAUUCAUGCAGUCCAUGGUAGCUCUUGAAAGUCUGGUCGUUAAGAAUUGCAACCAACUAGUGGCUUUGUGGCAAAAUGGGGUGCCUUGCAUUAAUCUUCAGGAAUUGGAUAUAGAAGCUUGUGUGAAUCUUGAGAAGUUGCCAGACGAGCUGAAUAAACUCACAUCUCUGACAUUUUUGAAGAUUAAUGGGUGUUCGAAGCUUGUGCACUUUCCCAAAACAGGGGUCUCGCCCGUGCUUAGAAGGCUUCAAAUAGUGGAUUGCCAUGCAUUGAAGUCCCUGCCUGACGGCAUCUCUGGUCUUGAAAACUUGGGGAUUUUAAGAUGUUCAUCUUUGAAGUCUUGGCCCACCGACACGUUACCCACCACCCUUAGGUUUCUUGAUAUUUUUGAUUGCAGGAAUUUAGAGUCGGUAACGAAGCUACAGGACUUGAACAUCAUGUCAUCACUUGAAGAAUCAGUCAUGGUGAAUUGGCCAAAUGUUGGAAUGUUACUUGGGUGCGGAAAUAAUUUCGCCAGUCUCAGUCGUUUGAUAAUAGGUAAGUGCGCUGUUCUGGAGUCCUUCCCAGAAGGAGGCUUCCUCACUGCCAACCUCAGAAUACUUGAAUUCAGUGAUUGCGUGAAUAUGAGAUCCUUGCCCACGACCAACCAGAUUCUUCAAAGUCUCGAAUCCCUUACAAUAUUAUACUGUCCAGCUCUUGAGUCCUUUCCCGAAAGAGGCUUAUUAGGCUUGUCCACCCCCAACCUCAAAAGCCUUGUUAUCCACGGCUGUGACAAUCUGAGGUCAUUGCCGUUUGAUCAAAUUCAAAGCCUCACAUCACUUGAAUCCAUAACAAUUGAAUAUUGUCCAUGUCUCGAGUCUUUUCCCCAAGGCAUUUUUCAUUUGCCCCCCAACCUUGUUACACUUACUAUCAGCACUAUCAGGGAACUACUCAAGCCCUUGUCAGGGUGGGGUCUGCACAAGCUCACCUCUCUUUGAGAAUUCAGUAUUAAUGGUGGAUGUCCAGAGCUGGUAACCUUUCUUCCUGAUGAUCACAAGUACUGUCUACUUCCUGCAACUCUAACCUCAUUAUCCAUGAAAGAUCUGCCCAAUCUGGAAUCCAUAUCAUCAUCCAAGGGCCUCCAAAAUCUCACCUCUCUUCAACAGCUAUCUAUCUCGGACUGCCCUCAGCUUCGAUCCUUGCCAAAGGAAGGCCUGCCUUCCAUGCUUCAAAGUCUUGUAAUCGAGGGAUGUCCACUUCUUAAACAACAAUGCUUGGAGGGUAGAGGUGAUUACUGGCCCAAGAUUGCCUACGUCCCCUAUGUCGCAAUACAGACCUGGAAUGACUGAUCCCUACGCUUUUCUGUCAGGAGAUAACAUAAGAUGUGAGCAUCACAUCAUCAUUCCAUAAUGUUAAAUUCCUUUCGGACAAUGAGCAACUCGAAGAAGUAUCUUUAAUAUACGGUUUCCAAUCCUUUUUGGUGAUCAAGGAUGGUUACGUUGUUCAUUUUAAGUGUUUGGUGUUCUUAACCUUGAGGGUGAAAUUGGGUCGAUGAUUAGUGAAGGUCCAUGGGUGUUUGCGGGCUUGCCAAAUGCUGUUAAGGCAUGGAACACCCAGAGUCAUACUGACCUGACUCUUGAUGGACCAGUUGGGGCAGUUCACGCAACGACAUGCUUUUUGCUGGGACUCAGGAUGGUACCAUAUUGGCAUGGAAGUCCGGUUCUGAUACUAAUCUCUUUGAGCUUGCUGCAUCACUGAAGGGUCAUAGUGGUGGUGGUGUUUCCCUAGUUGUUGGAGCUAACAGACUAUACUCUGGUUCCAUGGAUCACACCGUAAGAGUGUGGGAUCUCAACACUUUAGAGUGUAUUCAUACAUUAAAUGGGCACACAGACACUGUGAUGUCAGUUAUUUGCUGGGACUACUAUUUAUUGUCUUCUUCAUUAGAUGGAACAAUGAAGGUUUGGGCUGAGACUGUUGAUGGGAACUUGGAAGUAAUCUACACACACAAUAUAGGGCAUGUUGCACAUAUAGAGGACUGAUACUUGCAGAAUCACUAAGCAGCUGUAGAGAGGAAUGAUACUUGUAGGAUGACUAAGCAGCUAGUUUCUGAUCUUUUUAUUUUUAUUUUUUUGGGUGUGUGUGUGAGAUAGUGUGUGUAAUUUGAUGCACAUUGUAAGCAUAUGGAAGUGGUAAACUUAGAUGUUUUGUGAUCAUUGAUGUAAUUGAUAUUUUAUUUCAUUUUGAACACAUUGGAUUUAGUUUGUUUCAUGGAUAAAUGUAAUUUCGGAAGGGGUAUAAUGUGAUUGUUGGUAACAGAACUUCCAGGUUCUUUA